AUGGCCCGCUUCGGGCUGGGCCGGUGGCUGCUGUGGGGGCUGCUGGGCGUGGGGCUGGGCGCCCUGGACGGCGGGGCGGCGGCGGCGGCCUCGAGGCUCAACGGCAGCGCGGCGGCGGUGGCGGCGGCGCCGUCGGGCCGGGGCGAGGAGCGGUGCAAGCGCGCGGCGCCGUGCGAGCCGCUCCAGCAGAGCGUGUGCCUGGGCUCGCCGCUGCCCUACGCCGCCACCUCCACCCUCCUGGCCGGGGACUCCAGCUCGCAGGAGGAGGCGCACGACAAGCUGCUCCUGUGGUCCGGUUUACGAAAUGCCCCCCGCUGCUGGGACGUGAUCCAGCCCCUCCUCUGCGCCGUGUACAUGCCCAAGUGUGAGGAUGGCCAAGUUGAGCUGCCCAGCCAGACCCUCUGCCAAGCCACCCGGGGACCUUGCACCAUCGUGGAACGAGAGCGGGGGUGGCCUGACUUCCUCAAGUGCACCACGGACCGCUUCCCUGAAGGCUGUCCGAAUGAGGUCCAGAACAUCAAAUUCAACAGCUCAGGGCAGUGUGAGGCCCCCCUGGUCCGGACAGACAACCCCAAGAGUUGGUACGAGGACGUCGAAGGCUGCGGCAUCCAGUGCCAGAACCCGCUUUUCACCGAGAAGGAGCACCGUGAAAUGCAUGUCUACAUCGCCUCCUUCAGCUCCGUCACCAUUUUCUGCACCUUCUUCACUUUGGCCACAUUCCUCGCUGACUGGAAGAACUCGAACCGGUACCCGGCGGUCAUCCUCUUCUACGUCAACGCCUGCUUCUUCAUGGGGAGCAUCGGCUGGCUGGCGCAGUUCAUGGACGGCGCCCGCAGCGAGAUCGUGUGCCGUGCCGACGGGACCAUGCGGUUGGGGGAGCCCACCUCCAACGAGACCCUCUCCUGCGUGAUUAUCUUUGUCAUUGUCUACUAUUCCUUGAUGUCGGGCGUCACCUGGUUCGUCAUGCUCACCUAUGCCUGGCAUACAUCCUUCAAGGCGCUGGGGACCACCUACCAGCCGCUGGUGGGGAAGACCUCCUACUUCCACCUGGUCACCUGGUCUAUCCCGUUUGUCCUCACCGUCGCCAUUUUGGCAGUUGCCCAGGUUGAUGGGGACUCUGUGAGCGGCAUUUGCUUUGUGGGCUACAAGAACUACCGCUACCGAGCCGGCUUUGUCCUGGCCCCCAUUGGCCUAGUGCUGAUCAUUGGUGGCUAUUUCCUGAUCAGAGGUGUGAUGACCUUGUUCUCUAUCAAAAGCAACCAUCCAGGUCUCCUGAGCGAAAAAGCCGCCAGUAAGAUCAACGAGACGAUGUUGCGCCUUGGAAUCUUUGGCUUCCUGGCGUUCGGCUUCGUCUUCAUCACCUUCGGGUGCCACUUCUACGAUUUCUUCAACCAGGCGGAGUGGGAGAGGAGUUUCCGGGAGUACGUCUUAUGUGAGGCCAACGUGACAAUCGCCACACAGACCAACAAGCCCAUCCCUGACUGCGAGAUCAAGAACCGCCCCAGCCUGCUGGUGGAGAAGAUCAAUCUCUUUGCCAUGUUCGGGACGGGGAUUUCCAUGAGCACCUGGGUGUGGACCAAAGCUACCCUCCUCAUCUGGAAGCGUACCUGGGGCAGACUGACAGGCCAGAGCAGCAACGAGCCCAAAAGGCUGAAGAAGAGCAAGAUGAUUGCCAAGGCCUUUUCCAGGCGCCAGGAGCUUCAGCAGAACCCGAACCAGGAGCUCUCCUUCAGCUUGAGGACUGUCUCGCAUGAGGGGCCGGUUGCUGGUAUGGUUUUCGACAUCGACGAGCCGUCAGGAGAUGUUUCCUCUGCCUGGGCCCAGCAUGUGACCAAGAUGGUAGCCAGGAGGGGAGCCAUCUUGUCUCAAGAUGUCUCCGUCACUCCGGUAGCGACGCCAGUGCCCCCUGAGGAGCGGGCCAACUUGUGGCUGGUGGAGACCGAGCUGUCCGCCCGGCGGGAGAAGAAGCUGAGCCGCAAGAAGAAAAAGCGCCGGAAGAAGAAGGAGGUCUGCCCCAUGGGGCCCGCCUACGACCUGGACCCCUUCACCCCACAGCGCCUCAGCUCCGUCCCCCGCCUCCCCCAGCUCCCCAAGACCAAGUGCUUUGUGGCCAGUGCCAGGGAGGCUCAGGCCCUGAACGACAUCCUUGCGCCCAGGGCCUACCCGGCCUGGCGGCCCGCGGCUCUGCCCCAGCAGGACCCUUUUUCCAGGGGGCCGCCCCAAGAGCACCCAUCUGCCCCCAGCUGCCGGCGGAACAGCGCUGCCCUGCCUCCCGUCGGCCACCCCUUCUGCCCGGAUGACGGCCCUGCAGAGGAGGCAGGACCCGGAAGCGGCGCCUGGUUCUUCCCGGGACGCCGGCAGCCUCUGCCUCGCGGCACCUUCCCCCAGCCGCCACCCAGGAGCGUGGCCCCGGGGCCUGCCUUUCUUAGCAGCACCCCACGCAGGGCACCGCAGGCCCAGGGACGGCGAGGGGAGCUGCCGGCCCCCAUGCACUCCCGGACAAACCUCAUGGAUGCGGAAUUGCUGGACCUCGAUUCUGAUUUCUAGGAUUUUGGAAAGACCCUUUCCAGAGGACUUCGGGGUUUCUUUUGGGGAGGGGGAAGAGGUUUAAUCUGGUUGUAGAACAGCCAUGGCGUGAGAAGUGGACCUUCCCAACUUCUGCCCCCCACCAGAAACGGUCUCCUGGGUUUUUGCCCUGCCAGGAGAAGCUAUAUAUUCCAUGCUUGAGGUAACAGGCGUGAAGAGACGGUUUUCUUAGAGCUCUUGUUUCUGGCUUUGGUGCAAAAGCUUUCCUUUCUUAACUUUCCUUCCUCCCUCGAGGCGAAAUCUUGCACGUCCCAACACAUUCACCGUCGCCUCGCCGGUUGCUUAGGAAAGCAGGCGGAUCUCCUGAAAUGGAGAUUUUCCCCAGCACUGAUCUUGCAGGAUAUUUAGCGAGGGCCAGGGAGGGUUUCCGAGCAGCGAUGGCCGUGCAACGCCUGUCGGGCAAGAUGUUAAGAGAGCGUCCCCAAGUCUUCUCCCUGUGCUUCCAAACAGAACCUCUUCGGGGCUUGCCAAAUGGCACUGUCCUGAAGUCCUGGUUUUCGUGAGACGGGUGCAGUGCACGGAGGGCCGUGUGGUUCAUUGCAGGGCCAGAAGGAAGGGCGGUUGGGAUCCGUUCUGAUCUCGUAGCUGAAGAAACUUUCCCACCUCAUUCUUUUCCAGGGGUCACGUGGCAGCGGUGGGCGGAGCCAGUGGCAAAAAUGGGCGGAGCAACAAAUAGAAAUUUCGCCUUGGUACAGGAGUGCCUGGCGUGCUAUGGUCCAUGGGGUCACGAAGAGUCGGACACGACUAAACGACUAAACAACAACAACAGCAGGCCAAGCACACCCGAGCAUGUUCCGGCCACCCACAAACACGCCAGGAGUGGGGCCGACCUUGAGGCCUGGGGACAGAUCCGAGGGUCAGAUAUAGAGGUCUUCAGGGCCAGAUUCAGACCCCAGGCCUGAGCUCCUCCACCCUGGUGUAGGUAGGAUCCAUGCUAUGUACCAUAAAAGCCCUGCUUUGGGACACCCAGCUCUGCCUUGCACAUUGGAUGUUUGGCAAAUAGGUGUCGCAGGGGAACCUGGAGAAGAAUAUUGAUUGGACAAGGAUGGGUUUGGGUAUAUUUGCGCCUUGUUGACGGAUUCAUGCACAAGGCAAGGCUACAGAUCUUGUGCCAGAGCCUGACUCCUUUCAAGAGGGCUGGGAGAAGCUGUAGCUUUCUGGAUGUUGCUGGACUCCAGUUCCCAUCAUCCUCUGCAGCAUAGGGAUGAUGGAAGUUGUAGUGCAGAAAUAUCGGGGGGGGGGGAGGAAGUGUGGGAACAGGAUCCCCAGCUCUCCUCUGUAGGACCCCUUUGUGUCAUCCUUUCAAUGGGAUUCACCCUACUCUGAGAACAUUCCCCAUAGAUAGGAUUGCCAGCUGGGAAUCGGAAGCCUAGGGCUGCUUGGGAGGACUACAUAUCCCAGCAUGCAGUGCGUGACACCUCUGUUUUGCCUGUUGGGAGUCUUGAUUUUCGUCAUCUGUAUCAAAGGCCCACUUUGGCCUCGUAACAAGGAUGGGAGGGGGGAAGCAACGGUCGUAUUAAGUAAACACAAAUGCCCCGUUGGAUGUGGAGAGGUGGGGGGAACGCAUUGAAAUAUUUCUGUUGCUCUUUCUUAAUUUUAUGCUGUCUGUUAACAUAUCAAUGUAUAAAGCGCAGAGGUGAGUUUUUGUCUUGAUAGUGUCAAAGCUUAGACUUUGUAGCCUUUUCAUAGGAAAUGAAUUUUAAAAGAGGAAAAUCCUACCCAACAGUCCCUAGUUGGAGAAAUAACCCCUUCUGUCUCCUAGUCCCAAGGUGUGUGAUCUGAGGCGACCCCCACGCUGAAGCUAAGCAGGUGUGGGGCUGGUCAGUGUCUGGAUGGGAGACUGCCUGGGAAUCACCCCUGGGUCACCUGUGGGGGAAGAAAAGGUGGACUGGGUGGGAAUACAAAUUUAAGAAAUAAAUAGCAAUUGGAACAGUCCCCAAUGGACUGCCUGCUAAGGGGUUUUUUUUGGGGGGGGGGAAGGUUGAGCUACAAGGGGGGAAAUUACCUGUUGAAGGCUACAGUCCUGUCUGUAUAUAUCUGGAAGUAAUCCCCAUUGAUCUGAGAGAGAUCGGUACGCGACCAAGCCCUAGAUCAGGCAUCCCCAAACUUUGGCCCUCCAGAUGUUUUGGACUACAAUUCCCAUCUUCCCCGACCACUGGUCCUGUUAGCUAGGGAUCAUGGGAGUUGUAGGCCAAAACACCUGGAGGGCCGCAGUUUGGGGGUGCCUGCCCUAGAUCCUGUAAAAAAAACCAACCCAGUGCAAUCUUAGGCAUGGUUACUCAGAAGUAAGCCCCGUUGAGUUGAAUGGGAUUUAUAACACGCUGGUCGGAAUUUGGGAGAAAAUUAAUUGUGCUUUGGUGAUUCAGCUGCGAGCGUUGUAUUGCAAGCGGUUCGACUAGAAGACCCUUCCAGCUCUACAAUUCUGUGGCGCCCUUCCUAAGAGAACCAGGCCAUUUGUUAAACGUGUAAAGUUGCCAACUCUUUAAAUAAAGAAAUUUAAAAGUUCCGGGGUAUAGUAUUUCGAGCGGGUGGGAUUCAAACCAGCACAAAAAGAGUUUUGUUCAUCUGAGAUGCACAACUAAAAAAAAAGUGGAGUGUCUUUCAUCUUGUUUUUUGUGGAAGUUAACGGGGGACGGAGGGGGGGAACAAAGGGGAUUGUUUGUGAUGUGUGCUGCAAAGAAUGGAGAAGAAAACUGGUCUCUGCCCCCAAAGACCUUACAGUCAAGAACAAACUGCUACUGGGGCAUCACAGCUGGCUUAUAAAUGUCAUUCCCACCAAUAUAGCUGAUGUUCUGAUGGAGUGGGUUGGGGUGGUGUGGUGUUUGUAGCCCCCAGGCCAGAAGGCUGGUUUGUGCUGUUUUUUUAAAGUCCUAGAUCUAGGCUACUGAACAUGGGUAGGGUUAAGACAAGACCCGUACAUUGUAUAUGUGCUGCCGAAGCGAACACAAGACCCGUACAUUGUUAGCAAGCAAGCAUCCGAGUAUCUGGCAGAGAAAAGGAAGAAAUCGUAUAUUUUCAAUACGCAGCUGUCAAAUAAAUAUUUACUGUUUUAUAUUC